AACACGUGACUCCGUGUUGCCCACGUGACUCGUGUGACGUGUCGCUGAGAUGUAAUCAGGAAGUACAAAAGAGUCUGCGGACAUUUCACCAUGCUAACAGAAGACGCCAUGGACGAGGACGUGUCUCUGUUUGACGCAGAGGACGAUGCAGAGAAAAGGUCAAAGAAGAGGAAUCUGAAGCACCCGGUGGCGUCCUUCUUCCACCUGUUCUUCAGAGUCGGCGCCGUCAUUGUUUACCUGCUCUGCGAGCGUUUCAGCGGCAGCUUCAUCGCCAGCAUGGUCUCCAUCAUCCUCCUGCUGUCAUGUGACUUCUGGACAGUGAAGAACAUCACAGGGAGGUUGAUGGUUGGUCUCAGGUGGUGGAACCAGGUGGACGACGACGGACGAAGCCACUGGGUGUUUGAGUCCAGGAAGGCCACCAGGAAACAACAACAAGCCACAGAUGCAGAGUCUCGGAUCUUCUGGCUCGGCCUCGUCGUGUGUCCGGUUCUCUGGGUCAUCUUCGCCUUCUCCACCCUCUUUUCUCUCAACAUCAAAUGGCUCCCGAUCGUGAUCAUGGGCGUCGCGUUACAAGGAGCAAAUCUUUACGGAUACGUACGAUGUAAAGUCGGAGGGAAGACCGACUUAAAGAACAUGGCAACCAAUUAUUUCGGACGACAGUUCCUCAAACAGGCGCUGUCUAAAGAAGAGGAAUCGUAGAGCACCGCUCUGCGAUGUUAACGUUAGCAUUAUUCUUAAUGCUGUCAUAUUUUUUUUUUCUUUUAGCAAGCGGAGACACGGAAGAGAAAAGUCUCUUUUUUUCCACCACAUGAACUGAAAAUAACAGACUGACUUUUUUCUUUUUUUUUCUCUCAAAUCUCAUUUAUUUUGUUUUUUUCAUUAACUUUUAACACAAACUUUAUUAUUAUAAGCUCAAUAAAAGUGUGUGGUUUCUGAGAGGGAUUUUACAAACGUUUUGUUUGGUUUUAAGUGUAAAAUAUGUUGAAGGUUUGUGAAUAUGAAUGUAAAGAAACGGUGCAACGUCUUUAUUUUGUGUGCAAAUACAUUUGGAACAUUUUUCUGAA